AUGGAUCCCUCUCGCCGCGGCCCACGCGCCGUGAUCGACCCCAUCCCCAAGUUCCGCCAAGUCGGGUUCUUUGCCCCGCCCGAACGCUCCCAAUCGGGUCCUCCCGACCCGACCCACUCAUCGCCGCAAAUCUCCAACUCCCUCUCGCCGGUCAUGAUCCCUCCGGCGCGCCACCUGUCCGAAAACCUCCUCCUCCACGCGCCCCCAGCCGCCUCUCCACUCCGUGCAGACUCCGGUGGCGGCGGAACUUCCUUUGACUCUGGGGACUUCUUCCCCGCGCCGCUGUCGCCCGCGCUUCCGUCGUCAUCGUACUCCAGCAGGAUUUCCGGUGAUUUUUUCAAGGGGAACGGCGGGAAGGUGUCGGCGUCGUCGUUCCCCCGCGGAGGAUUCGACCUGACGGCGAUGAAGGCGGCGGCGGCGCCGAGCGUCGUUGUGCCAGCCAGCGAGCUUACCACGGUUUCGGUGGUGAAUGAUUCGCUGGGGAUUCCCGAAAAAGAAAAAGGAAGCAGAGCAGGAGGGCCAGCAGUGGAAGUGAAAGACCAACCUAAUAAUUCAAAACAGAAACCAAAAACCUCAAAAGCUGAAAGACGUGCUCUUCAAGAAGCUCAAAGAGCUGCAAAGGCUGCAGCGAAAGCUGAAGGAAAUAAGGCAUCUGGAACUGCGGCUUCAGUGAAUGCCAAACCGGCUAAAGCUGCAAAGCCUGCACAGAAAAUUGAAAAUGCAGCAGUUGCAGCACCUGAAAAGAAAGGAGGUGAGAUUCCACCAGAAAAGGAUAGAAAAAAAGAUGCUCCUCAACCACGCAUGCAAUAUGAUGACAAGAGCCGAGUGGAGAAAGCUAAACGUCGUGCAGUGGUGAAACAAACUGAAGCUAGGAACAGAGUUGAGUUGUUCAGGCAUUUGCCGCAAUAUGAACAUGGGAGUCAGCUUCCAGAUCUUGAGGCAAGGUUUUUCCAUCUUUCUCCAGUGCACCCAGCUGUUUAUAAGGUGGGUUUGCAGUAUCUAACUGGAGAUAUAUCUGGUGCCAAUGCUCGGUGUAUUGCAAUGCUUCAAGCAUUUCAGGAGGCCAUCAAAGACUACAAGGUUCCACAAGAGAAGACUCUUGUAAGAGACUUAACUGCAAAAGUUAGUAGUUAUGUAUCGUAUCUUAUUGAGUGUCGACCUCUGUCAAUCAGCAUGGGAAAUGCAAUUAGGUUUCUCAAAAGUCGGAUAGCCAAGCUACCUUUGAACUUGUCUGAAUCAGAAGCAAAAGCUUCUCUUCUUUCAGAUAUUGAGCGUUUUAUUAGUGAGAAGAUUAUACUUGCCAACAAGGUCAUAGUGAAACAUGCUGUCACCAAGAUAAGAGAUGGUGACGUUCUUCUAACUUAUGGGUCCUCAUCAGCUGUUGAAAUGAUACUAUUACAUGCACAUGAGUUGGGUCGACAGUUUCGUGUUGUGGUAGUUGACUCUCGCCCAAAGCUUAGAGGGCAACUUUUGCUUCGCAGGCUGGUGGAGAAAGGUCUUAGCUGUUCAUACACUCAUAUAAAUGCCGUUUCCUACAUAAUGCAUGAAGUUACUCGAGUGUUUCUGGGUGCUUCGUCAGUUUUGUCUAAUGGAACAGUAUAUUCAAGAGUAGGGACUGCAUGUAUUGCAAUGGUGGCUCAUGCAUUCCGUGUACCUGUCAUAGUAUGUUGCGAGGCCUAUAAAUUUCAUGAACGGGUACAGCUGGAUUCAAUAUGCUCUAAUGAACUUGGUGAUCCAGAUGUCAUUUCAAACGUUUUGGGUAGAGAGGAUGUCCACCACUUGGAUGGCUGGGCCAAUAUUGAAAAUCUGCAACUCUUAAAUCUGAUUUAUGAUGCAACACCUUCAGAUUAUGUUUCAAUGAUUGUCACAGAUUAUGGCAUGGUUCCCCCCACUAGUGUGCCUGUAAUUGUAAGAGAAUAUGGGAGAGAACAGCCUUCCUUCCUGUUCCGAAAUUUUGGAUAUUUCUGUCUGUAUUCACCUGUCCUAGAGAAGAGUGCAAAUUUUCGCCUCUCCAGGAAGAUUGAGCCUUGCAUUCUCAUCAUCUGUAACAAUUCAUUUUAG